AUGAGGUGACAUUGACAAUGUCGAGAAAGGAAAAAACGAAGAAUUGAUGAGAGGAGGAGUGAAUAAUUUAAUGUGGGAAAACAGUAUCUCGAGUAAACCCCACACGCAAUCUCAGACUGGAUACAACCUGCUCUCCUCACCUCUGCAACACUCUUCCCAUUAUUCAAAACGCGUGUUGUUUAUCCUCCGGUUCGGUUCUCUUUGCGCGUGUCCCAGUCUCUUCUCCAAUCCUAUAUUUAUAUUGUAAUAAUAAUAAUAGUAUUAUUAGACAGUUAAGAUAGAUGGAGGUUAAGCUAUGGAACGACAAGCGCGAAAGAGAGAUGUAUGAUAACUUUGCAGAGCUCUUCGCCAUUAUAAAGGCAACGGAAAAGCUCGAGAAAGCUUAUGUCCGUGACAUUGUUUCUGCUGCGGAAUAUGAGGCCGAAUGCCAAAAAUUGAUUGCCCAAUUCAAGACUUUGUCUUCCACGUUGAAAGACAUCGUGCCGAGUGUCGAACGCUUCCAUGAUACCUACAAGAUGGACUGCCCGGCGGCACUCAAUCGCCUCGUAACAUCUGGGGUUCCUGCCACUGUCGAGCACAAGGCUGCUGCAGCAAUGUCAGCCACCACUUCAGCUGCUAUUGUGGCGGAAUGUGUACAGAAUUUCAUUACUGCUAUGGAUUCUUUGAAAUUAAACAUGGUUGCUGUUGAUCAGGUCCAUCCACUGUUGUCUGAUUUGUCGGCUUCUCUCAAUAAGUUGCCAAUACUGCCACCGGAUUUUGAAGGGAAGACAAAAAUGAGAGACUGGAUUGCAAAGCUUUCGAAAAUGGGUGCUGCUGAUGAGCUCACUGAGCAGCAGGCUCGGCAGCUGCUCUUUGAUCUGGAUUCAUCUUACAACUCGUUCAUGGCGGCACUACCUUCAGCUGGAACGUAGGUGUUCGUCAGCGGUGCAGCUGUAUAUAAUCUCUCUCUCUAUAUAUAUAUAUAUAUGUAUGCUAUAUUUGUUUUCUUUCCACAACUUUAAAAUAUAUGUGCUGGUUGAUGUUUGCUGGAAAGAAGAUUGCUCAUCCCAUAGUUGCUGCAGAUGUUUUCAUCUUUUUGGUGCAUUAGAGUGUAGAGGUUUCUGAAUCUGUGUGUAGUGAAUGAGAUGCAUUGCCCUUUUACUGUGGAGAGAUGAAACGGAAUUAUACAAACUGUUUGCACUUGUGGUGGGUCUUGUGUUUGCUCAAAGUUAAAAAGGUGUGAAGGUUUCAUGGAGAUGCACUUUCUUGAA